AAUUACAAAUUUCUCAAGUCUUUACUUAUUAUUUUUAAGGAAAUCUUAAUUUUAAAAAUUCCUAACAACAAAAAUGGUUAAAAUCUGGAAAUUAGGCCUUGUCAGUUAUGAUACCGCGUUGAAAAUUCAACAAGCUCUAGCGAAGAGACAUUUCAAUGCUAUGAGGAAUGGUUAUAACAUUAAUAACGAUACUCUUCUACUAGUCGAACACAAACCUGUCUACACUGUUGGUAUAAGAGAUGAAACACCCGAAAAAGAAAUUUUAAGACUACGAAGCUUAGGUGCUGAAUUUAGGAAAACUAAUAGAGGUGGCCUUAUUACAUUUCAUGGUCCAGGUCAAUUAGUUGUUUACCCAAUAAUCAACUUAAAAAAUUACAAAACUAGUGUCAAAUGGUAUGUGAAGAGUUUAGAAGAGACUGUUAUCCAACUAUGUGAAGAGUUAGGUUUGGAAGCAAGUAGGUCACCAUAUACGGGUGUCUGGAUUGGUGACAAUAAAGUUGCAGCUAUUGGAAUACAUGCCUCAAGAUAUGUUACCACACAUGGUAUAUCAUUGAAUUGUGAUAAUGAUCUGUCAUGGUUUAACCACAUUGACCCGUGUGGCAUAGAGGAUAAAGGUGUAACUUCUCUCAGUCAAGAAACAGGGAUGACAUUCACCCCCGAUCAAGUAACUCCUAUGUUAUUAAAUAAUUUUGAAAAAGUUUUUAAUUGUUCCUUAGAAGAUAUUGAUCCUGAUGUACAAGAAGAAAUCUUAAAUGGUGUUUAUAACAAAUUAAUGCUUGAAUCUGUGGAAAAUUAAGUAAAGUUUUUAAAA